GUUUGAGAGGACUCAAUUCGUAUAUUAGCCGGUGUGAUAUUUUCUCCGAUAUUACGUUAAUUUUUUCACAGCAUCAUGAAACUUGUGAGGUUUUUAAUGAAACUCAGUCAUGAAACAGUCACGAUAGAAUUGAAAAAUGGAACUCAAGUACAUGGAACCAUAACUGGUGUGGAUGUAGCAAUGAACACACAUUUAAAAACAGUCAAAAUGACUAUAAAGAACAGAGAUCCAAUACAAUUAGAUACUCUUAGUUUGAGGGGAAACAACAUCAGGUAUUACAUUCUCCCAGAUUCCUUACCUUUGGAAACGUUACUCAUUGAUGACACACCUAAGGCGAAGGCUAAAAAGAAGGAAGCUGCUCGAGGAGCAACAAGAGGCAGAGGGCGUGGAGGUAGAGGAGCUCGAGGAGGACGUGGUGGUAGAGGAAGAGGCCGAGGCAGACGAUAGUAAUAGUAACAUUAAUCUUUAAAGCAAUUGAAUUCGACGUAGCUUCAGUUAAUCUUAUUUUUUCACGUGCAAAGUGUUUAGGACCGAAAAUUUUUAAUGAGCCCAUAAUUAAUUAUUGAUUUUUAUACAACCAAAUAUAAUAUUACUUAAGGUAUUUAUAUGUAUAAUACUUUUUUUUACUGUAACGUCAAUGGAUCAUAUAAUGUUUUUGAAUCAAAUUAUUAUCCUUUAAUAAUAAACAAGUGGUGUAUAAAUA